AAUACCGAGUCGUGUCUUUCUGUCUUGCCCGGCCAGACUCAACUUCACUUGCCCUGCAAGCGCUGCUCUGCUGUGCUCUAUGCUCUGUAUCUCGGGGUUUCGUCAAUGUACACUAACAGGGCCAGGAGGGACACACCAUUGCGGGAAGAAGCUUUCCAAUUCCAGGGCGAGUGCACGUCGAGGCGUGCGGCAGUUCAAUCCCUCCCCGGUAGAUCUAGAUUCAAGGUUCUGAGGCCCGCUGGAAGUGAGAUUAGUCGCAAUUUGAGGCGGAGUAGGAGAGUUCGUCGUGGCGAGGGUUUGGAAUUGGCCUUUUAGGGUUCAAGGAGGAGGACUGUUAGAAGGAGCGGCAUAAUGUGGAGCAGGUUUGAGAAAUUGAAGGACAAUAUCACCCAGAUUGCCUCUGAUGUGUUGGAUAGUCAAGAUGAGCUAGAUGGAGAGGGGGCCCCGGAGGAUGGUUCAUUCGAGGGUUACUACAAUGAAGACCUUAAGUCUGCGCAUACUCGCGACAGCGAUGACGAGGGCGGAAAUUUUCCCCCGACCGAGCUCGACUAUUAUAAUGACAAAGGGGACAAACUUCAGAUUGAUCCGGAAGCUGCGAUGAAGAAGUACAAUGCUCUUCUUGAAGAGAAAGAGAUGGAGGUUUCAAUCCUGCGCGAAGAAAACAAAUUGUUGAAGGAACAAUUUUUAAUCAACAGCACGAAACGAGAUGCUUUAUUUAAUGAUCAGAAUAAGGAUGUGCAGGAGAGGAUGAAUGGACAUUUCGGUGAUCUAAAAGAGCAUCUUCAGAGAGACGAAGCAUCGGUUGAAAAAGAAGACAGGGAGCCGGAAAUUGAAAAGGUCUUGGAUGAUAAUAGCAUCGUUGCUAACAGAUUUGAGUCUCCACAGACAAUAAAGCUUGAACUCAGCUCCUCAGAUAGCGAAGUAGUUAAUGGACUAGAGGAAUCAGUGCCGCUACUUUCUGAGGUGGAAUCCAAAGACGAUAAAUUUCAAGAUACUUCUUCUGUCGAAGAGUUAAACACACCAAAAGCAGAAGACGAACAGGUAGUAUCCUUAUCUGAGAAGCUAAGAGCUUCAGAGGAGGUUUGCUGCUCGCUGCAAAAAAGACUAGAGGAUGUGUCAAUUGAACGAGAUGCACUUUCGAAUAAACUGGAGGAUGUCUCAAUUGAACGAGAUGAACUUUCGAAAAAACUGGAGGAAAUUUCGCUGGAACCAGAGAUACUUCCGAAGAAAUUGGAAGACGCGCUGCUGGAACGAGACACACUUGUUAAAAAAGUUGAAGAGUUAUCCAUUGAGCGAGACAAAGCAAUACAGAACUUGGGAAGAUUAAGGCAAAAUCUUCUGGACAUGGAAUCAACAACCUCAGAGAAGAUGGACAAUGACAGUUUUCUUAUUGGCGACCUUGAACUGCGGUUGAAGACUGCCGAGGAUUGUGUUGGCCAGUUGCAGCAAGCCCUAGCCAAAUCCCAAGAUGAGUUGGAACAGGCGUAUAGAAAAAAUGUUUUGAGGACAAUGGACACCAAUGAAGAGAUGGAACUUCUAAAACAACGACUACAAACUUGCUCUGAGGCUCUAGAGGCUAAAGAUAUGGAACUCGCAAACCUUCAAAGCGCUCUCGGACAAUACUAUGCAGAAAGUGACGCUCAAGAGCGUCUGGAAUCAGAACUUCGUGCAGUCAAGGAAUUGAAUGCCAGACUAACCAGAGAUCUUAAGAUCGCGGAAGGGACUAUUGACUUGAAAGUUCAGGAACUGGAAGCAGUAACAAAGAAAUUAGGAAAUGCAGAUUCCGUCAAUGAGGAGUUGAAGCAUAACAUGCAUACGCUGGAGCAACAAGUGUUAAAGCUCCGUGCUGCACUAGAGCAAUCUAUUACAAGCCUCAAUCGCAUGUCGUCUGACUCAGACUUCUAUGUUGAUAGGCGGAUUGUUAUUAAGCUGUUAGUUACUUAUUUUGAAAGACAUCACAGCAGAGAGGUUCUGGAUCUUAUGGUGCGCAUGCUGGGGUUCUCGGAAGAGGACAAGAGACGUGUCGGCGUAGCGCAACAAAGCGCUAGAGGUGGUGGAAUGGUUCGAAGUGUUUUUGGUAUGCCGGGUCGCAUUGUUGGGGGCAUUCUUGGUGGUUCAGAAUCAGACCCUUAUGCUCGACCUACCCCUGGUGAUAAUCAGUCUUUUGCAGAUUUAUGGAUUGAUUUUUUGCUCAAGGAAUCACAAGAAAGGGAGAGACGGGAAAGGGGAGGAGGAGGUAUUAAUCCUGCCCCUGGGUCGCCGAUGGCGAAUGUAACACGAUCCAUGCCGUCAUCCCCUUCUGGUGGUCAAUGUCAUAGACCAAGCCAUAGUUUCUCCAAUUUUCCCUCACCUUUUCUACCUCCAAGACCCAAUAGGGUAUCAUCUUCAUCCGACUUGCAAACCAUCCCUACUGGAGACCCGUGACGAAGGUUUGUCAGAAUAUAAUUUUUAUUACAGAUUUUUCCCUAAUUGCGAUGAACUCUGGGGUUCGUCAUACGGGUAACUUAAGACUAGCAGCUAUUACAUUCACACAUUCUUUUGGUACCGACUUUUGGUUCGUGUAGUCAAAGAAGUAAAGCCACAAUCUCUGUUUCUUCUUAGAGCAGUAAAGGGUAAUCUCUCUGGUUGCAAGACUUAAAAUUCUUGAGGUUAGUGUCUUAUCAGAAUUCCGGAUUGCCAUUACGGCCUCGAUAUCUGAUGCUGGCGAGGUUCAGAAAUUCAGAUCGACUUUAGCCCUAUUGUGCAGCUUUCUUUAAAUGGCGUUCCAAGAGCAGCAGUUGCCUCCCAAAGUGAAAAAGAUGUGAAAAAUUUCCUUUUCGGUAUCUUCGAAAGCCUUCAGUGUUCUAUGAACUCCUAGUAUCUCCUUUUUUCUACAGGUGAAUCCUAGGGAUUAGGUUAUGUUGAGGUUAAAUAAACCAACCAGUAUCAAGUGCGUGAGUUUUGUAGUUUUAUAUACGCUGACAUCCCAAGAUUGUGCAGUGAAAGGGUCAAAUUUUUGCGCUUCAAAUGUAUUUUGGAAUUAGUUGUCAUGAAUAGGAUGGUGUGAAGUAAGCUCAA